AUGGUGAUCCCGAUUCUGAAACUUCUGAUCUCGGUCAUGGGGCAGUCAAGAAAGAAGGAAGAGGAGGUAAGCAGAGCUUCUAUUCAUCAGGAGCUUGUGAGGUUGGAAUUGAAGGAGAACGAGGAAGAGCCGGUUCUGAAAUCGAAUUUGGAGGAAAAGAAAGAAGAAAAAGAAGAAGAAAAAGAAGAAGAGAAGGAUGAGGAAAAGAUUGUUGACAGGUAUUUGAGUGGAGAAGAAAUGGGGAGUCGGAAUGGAAGUGACGAUGGAAAUGAGAAUGUGAAUGAGGAUGGGUAUAGGAAUGGGAGUGAGAACGAGAAUGAAAAUGAGGAUGAGGAUGAAGAUGAGGAUAGGAAGAGAGAAGUGGAAGAGAACGAUAAUGAAGAUGGUGGAGUGGGAGAGAAAAAGAGUGGAAAUGAGAUUGAAAAUGGCAGUGAAGUAAAUAAUGGUAGCGGUGAGAUGGAUAAGAAGUUCCGAUUAUCUCUGCAAGUCUCCUAUCGUAAAAGAUAA